GCGGCCCGGGGCAGGCGUGCUCCGUGUCUGACACUGGCAGGUGCGUAGUCCAUGCGAGAGCGAGAACACGAUGGGCGGCAGGAGAGCCAGGGCUGGAUAUAACAAAGGCUGAGGUCCAAGCACAGGAAAAAUGGAUUCUGCAGAGAGCCGAUUUCACUUCCAGUCAUUAGAUAAUGUCCCCUUGGAGAGUACUGGCAGCAGCCCCAAGGAGGAAGAUGCUGAUGAUGAGGGGGAGUUCUUUGAUUUUGACAGUGAUGGGGAAUGUGAGGACCCUGACUCUUGCAAAGGGUUAAAUUCCCGGCAUUCGUUAUUUACUAGUCUCUCUGAUACUGGUCCUUCUCAGGAGAACGCCACUCCCAGCACAGAACCAACUGCUCCGGCGCGACCAUCAAAGUCCCCCUCUACUCUCAGUAAUGAAGAGCGUGGGGGGCAGCAGAGGCUGGGACUCCAUACAUACAGCAUCAAGAAGCAUCUAAGCCAGAAACGUUUUUCAUCCGGCUCGCACAGCACUGAAGACGGUAUUAUUUACGACGACGUACCUUGUGAACAUGGCGGCACCAAGGAUGGGCUGGGACAAAACCUGAUCUACGAGAACAUUGAACGUGACGGCUGCGCGGGCGACUUCGAGGACAUCGGCUGGAGCUCCAGUGAAUUUGAGAGUUAUAGCGAAGAUUCGGAGGCGGAAACAGCGGAGAGGAAAGUGAAACCCGCAAAACCAUUUGUAGCCUUUCAGCCUAAGCUUUCACCAGAUCUUAAUAGACUAAAGGAGAGGUAUAGCCAGACUAAGAGAGACCUCCUGGCUCUUAGGGUCAGGAAAAGAGACGUCCGAGAACUGAAACACAGAUACGACAGCAAGAUGACGCAGUUGAUGAGAGCAGCUCGUAGCGGCACUAAGGACGGACUGGAGAAGACGCGGAUCGCCGUCAUGCGCAAAGUCACCUUCCUACAGCGCAAAGAGACAACUGGAGACUCCGAGGAGGAGGAGAUGGGGUUCAUGGAGGUGAGCGGUCUGGAGCUGGACAUGACCGCCCCGCCAUCAGAGCUGGGGCCGAUGCCAGAGGGGCUCAGUGCCCAGCAGGUCCUGCGGCGUCACAUCCUGUCCUCCAUCAUGCAGAGCGAGCGGAGUUACGUGGAGUCCUUGCAGCGUGUUUUACAGGAUUACCGCAACCCCCUGCUGGAGAUGGAGCCCAAACUGCUGAGCGCCCGGAAGUGUCAGCUGGUCUUCUCCCGGGUGAAGGAGAUCCUGCACUGCCAUUCCGUCUUCCAGAUCGCGCUGUCCUCCCGCGUCGCAGAAUGGGACUCCUCGGAGAAGAUCGGGGACCUGUUCGUGGCCUCCUUCUCCAAGUCCAUGGUGCUCGAUGUCUACAGCGACUACGUCAACAACUUCACCAACGCCAUGACUCUAAUCAAGAAGGCCUGUCUCACCAAGCCGGCCUUCCUGGAGUUCCUGAAGAAGAAGCAGGCGGCCAGUCUGGACAGGGUGACCCUCUACGGGCUGAUGGUGAAACCCAUCCAGCGCUUUCCUCAGUUCAUUCUACUUUUGCAGGACAUGUUAAAGAACACACCGCGGGGUCACCCGGACCGCCUGUCCCUUCAGCUGGCGCUCACAGAACUGGAAACCCUGGCGGAGAAGCUCAACGAGCAGAAACGACUUGCAGACCAAGUGGCCGAGAUCCAGCAGCUGUGCAAGAGUAUAAAUGACCGCAGCACCCUGUACAAGAGUCUGAGCUCAGAUCAGCACCAGCUCCUCCUGUGUGAGACUCUCACCGAGAUGGUGUACGGUGAGAAGGGGCAGCUGCUGAAAUCCAAGGAGCGCAAGCUAUUCCUGCUCAAUGACGUCCUAGUAUGCGCCAACAUCAACUUCAAGGGACAGCCGGAUAUUGGGAACCUUGUUCCUCUCGGGCCUCGCUAUGUGCUAAAGUGGAACACGCCGUUAACCCAGCUCCAAGUGGCGGAAUUUGGACAGGAAGGAAAUGCAUAUGAAAAAGAAGCCACCGGGGGGCAGCAGUCCGUCAGCAAGAAGCAGUCGCCCUCUGCAGGACAAAAUAAAGUGUCUCUGGGCUCCCCGCGCCUCUACCAGGAACUGCAGGACAUUAAGAAAGACCUGGACGUGGUGGAGCACAUCACGCAGCUCAUCAGCACCCUGCACGGCUCCUAUCAGAAUCUGAACAUGACGGUGGCUCAGGAUUGGUGUUUAGGUUUACAGAGACUCAUCCGGCUGAAAGAAGAGGAGAUUCAGUCGGCUAAUAAAUGUCAUCUGCGUCUCCAGCUCCAAAUGCCAAGAAAAUCUGACAAGUCUGGCCGUCCAAUGAGUAUCAUGGCGCUUUUUCUCACCCCUAAUCCCUUGAGCAAGAUUUCCUGGGUGAACCGAUUGCACUUGGCCAAAAUCGCUCUCAGAGAGGAAAACCUUCCGGGUUGGCUGUGUCCCGAGGAGGAGAAAAAAAUGAAAAUUCCAUUCUGGUCUCCAACUAUGGUUUGUCGCCUCCCUGCCUUCUCCACAAAAGCCUCCGACUUACAGCUAGGUGGCGCUAUUCACACUCCGGUACAGAACUCCCUUCUGGGCUUGUCCUCUGUCAGCACCUCGCUGCCUCAGGGAUACUUAUGGGUUGGCGGGGGUCAGGAGGAUGGUCCCGGUCAGAUCCAGAUCUUCUCCUUGAACCAUACCUCUCCACGGAUGCUGAAGGCCUUCCCGCUGCCGUCUCGCGUGCUGUGUGUGGAGAACGUGUGCGGUAAAGUGAAUGAUGAGGGCUGCGAGAAUGAGGAGGACUACGUGUCUGCUCCGGUGCAGCCGGCCGUGUGCGUGGGGCUCCAGGAUGGCAGUAUAAUGGUGUACAGCAGCGUGGACACUGGCUCCACCUGUCUGAUGGCGCUAAGGAGUCCUGACCUGCAGCCCGUUCUCUGUCUCCGUCAUAGCCCCAGUCACCUGUGUGCAGGACUGCAAGAUGGCACUUUAGCACUGUACCCCCAAAACCAAGGUGGUCUUUGGGACCCUGAAAACCCUUCCACUGUGCGUGUUGGUACCAGCCCGGUCCGGGCUUUGUUGGCCCUUGAUGAUUGCUUGUGGGCAAGCUGCCGGAACCGGGUGACUGUGUUGGAAACGGAUCCUCUGAAAGCACAGAGUUUUGAGGCCAUACAAGACGAGGGGGUGAGCGUUACCCACAUGAUCCGAGCUGGCGGGGGGGUGUGGAUGGCGUUUUCCGAGGGUUCAUCUAUUCGCCUCUUCCACACGGAGACUCUGGAACUAUUGCAAGAAAUUAAUAUUUCCACCCGGACUCUGCUGCUGCCAGGACAGAAGAAUCCUCGGGUCACCAGCCUGCUGAUAUGCCAGGGGUUACUGUGGGUGGGCACUCACCUGGGCAUUCUCAUCACCCUACCUGUGCCAAAGCUGGAGGGAAUCCCCAAAAUCACAGGGAAAGGGAUGGUCUCUCUCAACGGACAUUGCGGGCCGGUGCAGUUCCUCACUGUGGCCUGGAGCACCAUGGCUCCCCAAGCCCUUAGGACAGAGCAGGGAUCAUCAGAAGAUGUACGGGAAAGUGAUGGGGCAACAGAAGCGAGAGACGCUUCAGAUGGUCAGUCCCAGGACCCCACUCCUAAUAACCUCCCCCCUUCACGCCUGAAAGGGAUCCUUCUCCAGUACCGGCUGCGCGGCACCUCUCACCUCCCCGGCCACCACCUCUCAGCCAGGGAAGGUUCCAGAUCGGACAACGCUUCCCUAGAAACCACCGAGGAAGACGGCUCUAUAUACGAGAUGACAGAUGAUCCCGACGUGUGGUUCAGAAGCCGACCUUGUGCCAAGGACACUAAUCGUAAGGAGGUCACCUCAGUGGUGAUUAUAUCAGGAGGACCCGGUUACCGGAACUUCAGUCCUUUCCACGCCAACGUCCAGGGCGGUGGUGAAACGGACAGCUCUCUGCUCAUGUGGCAGCUGCCUCUCAUCCUAUAGCACAGGACGGACAGGAUCGUUCCUGAUGGGGGCGUCAGCACCGAGCCCCCCCCCCCCCCAAAAUGCUGUUUUCUGGGGUUUGCUACCCUCUAAUGUUUACACUCUUCUCUGAUGAGGACGAGCGCCACAGCUGGAAGAGACGUCACAGUGAGAGGCAAGAAGAACGGGACCUCCUUAGGGUGACAUGUGGAUCAGUCCAAUGGUGGUGAUCUGUAGAUGUGAGAAGGUUCUGGUUCGUUGGUGGCACUGAACCUGAUAUUUAUUGACUCUAUAUACAGUAUAGUUAUGUGGAAUUAUCAUAAUCCCAGAACCUGGGGCUUGGAUACACUCAGAUGAACGUAUCUAAUGCUGUCUGCAAAAGGAAAUGUAAUAAUGAACCCAUCUGAAUGGUCAGGAACAAGGCGCAGCCCCCCCAUCCUCAUCACAGGUCAACGCAUGCAUAGCGUAUAUGUCCGGAACCUGUGUAGUAAAAGCUCUAUCCUCCAGUGCAGCGUAUCUGACUAACAUCACAGGAUGAUCCCUCCUGGCUGCCCCCAUCAGCCUGUAGACCGCUAUACGUGGCCACUUAUAAUUAGUACUCUUCUCCUCCACCUCUCCUGCUGCCGUAGAUUAGGAAGGUGCCUACAGUUGGAGGGUUGUGCGGGAUUUCUUGGCUCUCGGGCUGCCAGUGCCUUUACUGCUGGUUCAGUGUCUGCACCGUAGCGCGUAGCAAUAGUGUUUACCGUUCUGAUGUAGCAAAAAUACAUCAGACAAUGCAGCUCUGGAGGUAACUGGAGUAUGCAUGAUGUAGCUAAAGAUCAGCAUCUAGGUGACGUAAAAUAUUGCAGCGUUUCAUGCUCGCGGUCAGCGGAAGUGCCUUACAGUAAAAAAAAAUAAAAAAAUGGAGGGACUUGAUGGGUGGUAAGACCCAACUGGACCUUCAUUGUAAACUGCUAGCAAUUCAUAACUUCUAGCAGGAAUAAUAAAGGAACGGCACAACAUGGAGUCAUAAGAAUAGAUGCUCCAAGUUCAUUAUUAAAGGGGAAAUGCAAGUAGUUAAUAAAAUAGACAUGUCCGGAUUGGUGAGAGGUCCCCCCAUAGUGCACAGCGAAGAUUGGUACAAGGACAAGCUAUGUAUAUAGGGAAUCUGUGGAUGACACGAGCAGGCUGUCAAUGAAAGGGUUAGCCGUGAGGCGGCGACGGCGACAUGUGACCCAGCGGGAGACUCGGCGAGAAAGAGAGACGCAAUUAGCAGCUUGUCUGCAGAUGUCAUUGUACCGAGCAGCUGUUCUCCUAUAAUGUACAUAUGUGAGUGUAAAUAUACAGAUUUCUAAGUGUACAUGAUGUAUAUAUCAUCAGCCCGAAUAAACCGCCCGCCACCUACAAGGCUUACAAUC